GUGAAGACCGCGAAGCUCUCGAUGGGUAACCAUCCCAACAUGAGCCGUGAACACACGGUCAGUAACUGGACCGCCGUGAGGAGAGACGCGGGCUUCGAGGGUCCGGCGCUCGCGCUGCUCUCGGUCAUGAUGGUCAUUCUGAUUGCUGUGAUCGUGUGUGGAAACGCGUUGGUCAUCGUCGCCUUCAAGAUGGACAAGAGUUUGCGCAAACAGAGCAAUUAUUUCCUGCUGAACCUGGCCAUCUCAGACUUUCUCGUUGGUGCCUUCUGCAUCCCCGUGUAUAUGCCCUACAUCUUGACAGGGAAAUGGAUGCUGGGUAAAGGACUUUGCAAGCUGUGGCUGGUCGUAGACUAUCUCCUCUGCACUGCGUCUGUCUUCAACAUCGUGCUUAUCAGCUAUGACCGCUAUCUCUCCGUUACAAAAGCGGUAUCUUAUCGUGCCAAACAAGGAAUGACCCACUUCGCAGUGGUGAAGAUAGCAGCGGUUUGGAUUCUAGCCUUCCUCCUCUAUGGACCGGCCAUCUUAUUUUGGGAGCAGCUGACAGGCAAGAGCCGCGUGCCGGACAAUGAGUGCUUUGCUGAGUUCUACUACACCUGGUACUUCCUGCUUUCUGCUUCAGUGGUCGAGUUUUUCUCACCGUUUUUAUCUGUGGCGUUCUUCAACAUCAGCAUCUACCUCAACAUCCGACAGAGGAGACUUGGCAGCAAGAAAGAAUCCUGUUCUCCAAAGAGCCAGGAUGCUACAAAUCUGUACGGCGAGAAAGCACGCACGAGCAUCCGAAUCUGCUGGAACUCCAUGAUGCUCAAGAAGAAAAGCACAGCAGACGACGAGAAGCGCACGGAGAACGACGGUCUGUCAAUGCGGUGUGUCCAGCGCUCACGUCUGAGGCAGGACAAGAAGAUUGCUAAGUCCCUGGCCAUAAUCGUGUGUGUUUUUGCGGUGUGCUGGGCGCCGUACACUCUGUUAAUGAUCGUGCGAGCGGCAUGCAGAGGAGACUGCGUGUCCCAUCACUGGUAUGAGGUGACAUUCUGGCUCCUGUGGCUGAACUCAGCGAUCAACCCGUUCCUGUACCCGCUGUGCCACAGCAGCUUCCGAAGAGCCUUCUUCAAGAUCCUGUGCCCACGACAGAGGUCCAACAUACCACUGACAGCCCAUUCAUCCAGCACACACAGAUAGUUUGAGAGAUCAGAGGACAGCACACAUGUAUUGAAAACAUGUACAAAGAGGAUUUAAGUGCCUAUGUGUGGAAAGCAAUGUUCUAGGUUCAAUACAAGUCUGUAGACUGCAUUUGUGGUGUAAGGGGUGUUUACACAACACUUAUUUUAACUUGUGUUUCAGAAAAUGCUAACUUUUGAAAAGUGCAAGUUUGCAGUAAGGGUGGG